AGACUGUCAAAUCAUUUUGCAAUAAUUGAAGACUGCCACAUAAUUCCUAGUAGGUGGGAGUGAAUAUGAGUCACACAUGUAGAGGCUGCUCUGAUUAGGACAGAUGCUAUCCUAGGUACACCAGGAUUACGUAUGAGAAAUUCUUUAUACCUUUCAGUCUCACCCUGAGGUACGUGUUAGUAUAUUUUAAUGCAAACCGUAUUCUGUAUGGAGUUUUAAACAUUCCCCAGGGGUGUUCUGCAGGAGGGGAGUCAGCAGGGAGGAAGAGAGAACAGAUUAAAAAGGAGGGAACAAGGCAGAACAGCAGAAACAGACAUACUGUAAGGGGGGAAAUGCAGGAAACAGUUAACAGACUCUUAAGGCUGGGAGAGAAGCAGCAUGGAGACUGUAAACCAGUGGUGGGACCACAGAGGUCCAUUAAAGUCCAUAUCUCUGCACAAAAAGGGCUGUCCAUUCUUUAUCUAUUGGAUGAGCACAGUUUAUACCAAGUGUUUCCCCCGACAGAGGAAUCUCGUGAAUUGCCACAUUUUAAACAAAAUGUAAAGUGGCAUUAUCAGUAAUAAUACCAGUAGUAGGGAAAAGAAAGUGGUAGGGGAAAGACCUACUGGAUUAUUGAAUGCACCCCUGCUUGGGCAAGUUUGUACUUUAUACUUUUUUCUCUAAUUCUCUGAGCAGUAUAAUUUUAAAUGUCCUUAGUGCAGGGCUUUAAUAACUACAUUUCCCAGCUAUCCUCACUCACUCAUCUCCCCUCGCCAGAGCCGUGUAGAGCGAUUUUUCAGGAAAGUCUAGCUGGCUAUUGAUAUAGAGCCCUCUAGUAGAGGGACUGAAUGUGGAUGAGGAGCUAUGGGAGGAGCAUAAAUUCACUUAAGCUACAGCAAACCACCCAAUGCAGUAAAAGAUCCAGCAGGCUAACGGAAGCCAGUAAAACACAAUGCAGCACUGAGGGAGCAGCAGCAGCAGCAAUGCACGGCCGGCCAUAGAGCGCACAGGACCGAGGGGGAGAGCGCGCUAAGCUGCUCAGUAUUGCACCAUGCAAACCUGUCUCUGAUCAUUUCCAAGGCGGGUGGGUGGGGGGCACUGAAGGACACAGCCAUGCAGCCAGCGGCUUACCUGCUCUCCGUGAUGCUUUGUGCCUUUGGGACCUUCUGCCUGGGUCGUGCCAGGAAGGCAGGGGCCGCCUUGUUGACGGAGAUGGAGCGAAGGGAUGAAACCCGGUUCCUGGAGAGGGAAAAUAUCGUCCCCCUCCGCCUGAUUCACCGCCCGGAAGACGGCAGCCAGACGGGGCACGGGGUGCUGACCACUCGGCUCCGGAGCCGCUCUGGUGGGAUGCAGUCCACUCAUGUUGCCCGAGCCAGCUUCCAGGUUGAUGCAUUUGGGUCAUCAUUCAUUCUAGAUGUAAUGCUAAACCAUGAUCUGUUGUCUUCAGAAUACCUCGAGAGGCAUAUCGAGCACGGAGGAAAGACAGUGGAAGUAAAAGGAGGAGAACAUUGCUAUUACCAGGGCCAAAUUCGAGGAAACCUAGAAUCAUUUGUUGCCUUGUCAACAUGCCAUGGACUUCAUGGGAUGUUCUAUGAUGGAAAUCAUACUUAUCUUAUUGAGCCAGAAGAAAACUAUACUUCACAUGAGGAUUUCCAUUUGCACUCUGUUUACAAAUCCAGGUUAUUUGAAUUUCCGUUAGAUGACCUGCCAUCUGAAUUCUGGCAAAUGAAUACCACAUCACAGAAGUUUGUUGUAAAGCCAAGACACAAAAGGAGUAAAAGGCAGGUUCAUCAGAUUUCACGUAAAGUUGAGAAGGAAACAAAAUAUAUUGAGUUAAUGAUAGUGAAUGAUCAUCUAAUGUGUAAGAAACAUAGAUUAUCAGUUGGCCACACAAACAGCUAUGCUAAAUCAGUGGUGAACAUGGCAGAUUUAAUUUAUAAAGAACAACUUAACACCAGGAUAGUAUUGGUUGCCAUGGAAACCUGGGCUACUGAUAACAAGUUCACCAUAUCUGAAAACCCAUUGGUGACCCUACGUGAGUUUAUGAAAUAUAGGAGAGAUUUUAUCAGAGAGAAAAGUGAUGCAGUUCACCUUUUUUCGGGAAGUCAAUUUCAAAGCAGUCGAAGCGGAGCAGCCUACAUUGGUGGAAUUUGUUCACUACUGAAAGGUGGAGGUGUGAAUGAAUUUGGAAAGGCAGACUUACUUUCAGUGACAUUGGCACAGUCAUUAGGCCACAAUCUUGGCAUUUUCUCAGAUAAAAGAAAACUGCUAACUGGUGAGUGUAAAUGUGAGGACACGUGGUCUGGAUGUAUAAUGGGAGACACUGGUUAUUAUCUUCCAAGCAAGUUUUCCAAGUGUGAUAUUGAGGAGUAUCAUGAAUUUUUAAACAACGGAGGUGGUGCUUGCCUCUUCAAUAAGCCAUCCAAGCUUCUAGAUCCUCCAGAAUGUGGCAAUGGUUUUGUUGAAGAUGGAGAAGAGUGUGACUGUGGUACUACUGCAGAAUGUGCCAUUGAAGGUGGAGAUUGCUGUCAUGUAUGCACCCUGACUGCAGGCUCACAGUGCAGCAAUGGGCUUUGCUGUAGGAAGUGUCAGUUUGAAUCUAAAGGAGUUGUGUGCCGAGAUGCAGUAAAUGAUUGUGAUAUUCAAGAAAACUGCACAGGAAACUCUAGCCAGUGUUCUCCCAAUAUUCACAAAAUGGAUGGGUAUUCAUGUGAUAACAAACAGGGUAUUUGUUUUGGAGGAAGAUGUAAAACCAGGGAUCGGCAGUGUAAAUACAUCUGGGGUGAAAAAGUGACAGCUGCUGACAGAUACUGCUAUGAGAAACUGAAUAUUGAAGGGACUGAGAAAGGUAACUGUGGAAGGGGCAAGGACACUUGGAUACAGUGCAACAAACAGGAUGUGCUUUGUGGAUAUCUUCUGUGUUCUAAUAUCUCUAAUGUCCCAAGACUUGGAGAACUUGAUGGUGAAAUCACUUCUUCAGUCGUACAGCUGGGGAAAUCCUACAACUGCAGUGGUGGCCAUGUCAAGCUAGAUGAAGAGACGGAUCUGGGCUAUGUUGAGGAUGGAACACCAUGUGGCCCAAACAUGAUGUGUUUUGAGCACAGAUGUCUCCCCACUGAUUCUUUCAACUUCAGCAUCUGCCCAGGCACGAUAGAUGACAACAUUUGUUCAGGGCAUGGAGUUUGCAGCAAUGAAAUCAAGUGUGUCUGUGAUUGGUUCUGGGCAGGAGAUGACUGCAGCAUUCCUUACAAAGAUGCUUCAAUUUUUGAUGAAGAAGUGAUGGGCAAAGGUGUUGUUAGUACAAAUAUAAUAAUAGGAGCUAUUGCUGGCACCAUUUUAGUGUUGGCUCUCGUUUUAGGAAUAACUGGAUGGGGUUACAAAAACUAUCGGAGACAGAGACAAAUACCACAGGGAGAUUAUGUAAAAAAGCCUGGAGAGGCCGACUCUUUUUAUAGCGACAUGCCUCCUGGAGUCAGCACAAACUCUGCAUCUAGUUCUAAGAAGAGGUCUGCUUUUCUGUCGCAUUUUCAGAUUUCUACCUGUUCCAUCACCCAUUAUUCCAUUAGUCAGAACAUUUCAUUGUUUUGCAGCAGGUCAAAUGGAUUAUCUCAUUCAUGGAGUGAAAGGAUUCCAGACACAAAGCAUAUUUCGGACAUCUGUGAAAAUGGGAGACCUAGAAGUAACUCCUGGCAAGGUAAUAUAGGAGGAAACAGAAAGAAAAUCAGAGGCAAAAGAUAUAGGCCACGGUCUAAUUCAACUGAGUAUUUAAACACCUGGUUCAAAAGAGAAUAUAAUGUAGCUAAGUGGGUAGAAGAUGUGAAUAAAAACACUGAAGGACCAUACUUUAGGACUCUGUCUCCCGCAAAAUCUCCAUCUUCCUCCACUGGAUCUAUUGCCUCCAGCAGAAAAUACCCUUACCCGAUGCCUCCACUUCCUGAUGAGGAGAAGAAAGCUAACAGACAAAGUGCCAGGCUAUGGGAAACUUCCAUUUAAUUCUACUGUUUAGCCGGGUGACAUCAGAACUGUUUACUUCAAAUUUUAUAGAAACUCAGCAUCACUGCGUCAUUGCACAUUCACCUAACUCUUCAGACAAUUUGAAAGAACAACAGAGAUGCCAGUGAUCACAGAGAGAACCAGCUCUCAGACCCAAGGGAAAAACAACAUGUUUUGCUGUUGAUUAGAAUACUAUUAAAUCUGUAAAGAAUAACCAAAAAUCACAAAAAUUAACAGACUGAAUAUGAUCAAAUUAUUCUGCAUGAUGACCGAUAUAUGUAGAAAUACAACUAAAACUCAUGUACAAGUCCCAAAUAAAAGAGGUAUUUCUUUGAUUUAAUGCAGUCCAAAAUAACAACUACAUUGAGUUCAGAAUUUUUUAUUCUGAAGUAAAUGAGCAAUGUAAACAUUAUGCUAUGUGCAUGAACCCUCUGUUCUUUACUUUCCACAAGUAAGGAGUAAACAACAUUCUGUAGUAGAAAUUAGCAUGCAGGAGUAAGAAAUGUAGGAUUUUGCUACAGGGUCUAAGUUUUGAGAGGCAUAUACUUCAGACAAACAACUAUAUUUUUUACUUUUCAUGUUUAUAAUCUCCUUAUACAAAUUGUACAUAUGUAAACAUUUUAAAAUGUGAAAACAGCUGUAACACACGUGUAUUUUGCCAAAUGCCUAAUGAAACAGUCAUGACCGACAUCAUCACACUUCAAGUGUUCUGAAUAUUAUGAGCAGACAGCUUUGGAAAUACAACAGUUAUAUAUUGUGAAUGUGUUUCUCAGCAAACUGGUGUUUGACCAAAAUCUCCACUGCUUCCCCGGUCUGGGAAUAUAUUUGUUAUAAUCAGGAAAAAAAUCAAAGUUCAGUGACACUUUGUCUUAAAUCACCACCUAAGGAGCCAGCAAAAAUAAGUUGCCUGAUGUGUGUUUGUCUCUUUGCCCCCACCGAUAUAAAUGGGGAGCAGCUCCACUGAAAUCAGAAGUGAAGUCCUGAACAAAUAGUGAACGUGCAUUUACUGGAAGGUUAGGACUAUUUUAAGGUCAUCAGUGAAGGUGGUGGAAAUGGGGUCUUUAUGGCAGAUUUGGGAUGUGUGUGUUUAAAGCACUUCAAAUACUGCAAUGCUGGCACAACAUGGCAGCUCGUGAUAGGCAUGAUGGUAUCAUUGUACUGUACAAAAACUGAGAGCUGAACUACUGGUCAAUCCCCUUUUUAUUUUCUGUUAUCCCUUGUAUCCUGAAUUGUACAGUGGGCAUGACCGCACUGCUGUUGGAUGCAAGUCUCCCAGUGCACGUAGACAGGUCUGGAGACCCAGGCUUGCUGUUUGAGCUGAAGCCCAGCGGUUUGGGUGGUCUGUCUAGUUGAAAUCUCUAGCUGAAGUCUAGCUGUUUAAUUGGAGUUUCUGCCUGAGUCUUAAUGACCACAGAGCUAUUUUGAGCAUGCAAGCUCAAGCUCAAUCUGUCUGUCUUGGCAGAGUGGCUCAUGGGUCUUGAGCUGAAUACAGGAGGAUCCUGACCAAUGAAAAUGAAGGGGCAAAAACAAAUUCAUUAUGAAGGAAAUGUGGCAAGAUGGCAUUAACCUGCCUGCUGGUCUACUGUAGACUGUGUGCUAAAGGAAGUACAGUAGAUAUAGUUACAACACCUAAAGGAUUCCAAAGGCUGUUGUAAAAUGCCUGGGCAUUCUCAAUUGUAAAUGUUCUUUAAAUAAUAAAAAUUGCAAUUAGAAGUCAGUAAAAACUCUUCUCCUGUCAAUACCUCUCCAGAAGUGGCAAAUAUCCAGCUUCUGGUAGUUCCAUUGCAGAAUAAGAGAUCUCUUCUAAUAAGCAAUAUGAGACUACGUGGCUCACAGAGGUAUAAUCAGUUAGAUGCUGUUGUGAUAGGAACAUAAUGUGUGCUUCUGAAUCUGCUACCUCUUUCACAUCAUUCCUUUUGUACCAGAACCUUCCAGUUACCGCCUUUUAAUGUAUCAGAAUUCAGUUUAUCAAAGUUCUCCGAUUUAAAAAAAAAAGUCAAAUUUAGUUUAGGGUUAAAUUAAGCCAUUUGUAAAGUGUAUAAGAUUUUAGAAGAAUUAUAUUUUAUUAAUAAGACAGUGUGCAGGUUUACAUCUAC